AUGACGCAGCAUUUUUCUUCUGAACACCCGAACUUCUACAAGUUUUCAGCCAUUGUGAUGAAUCAUGAAGGGCCACAAUUAGAGAAUAAUUGCGGAUUCCCCGGCUCAGAAACUAAGUCGUCGGCGGUCGACGGAAACACAAAGGUUGUUAAGCAAGCACAAAAGUUUCAAGGUGAGGCUUUUUUUUUCUUCUCGAUUGUCCCGAAAAAUGCCGAGAGGUAGGGUGAACGAGGUCAGUAUUGUCAAAGCCCAAGUCAAGUAUUGUUAAAACAUUCCGGACGACAACAAGCCAGCAAAUAAUACAUUUAUUCUAAUGAGAGUCUUAACACAGAUAUGCUUGCAAAUCACAGCGCAAUGCGUGACCUAUUUGGCCAACCCCUAUAGCAAAGGUGUAUCAAAUCUUUAAAAAAUAAAUCACAGGCAAAAAAAAAUCAUCACUUCUUCUUAAGAGAAGAAAAAAAACUUAGAAUUUAAACGAAAAGUUGAGAAUCAGAUACUUUCUAUUCUUACUUCAAUUUCAUUGGUUAAGCAAUUAAAAACAACAACAACAACAACAACAACAACAACUUUUAAGGAUUAGCGGGAACUUUGAAAGCGCGCGUAGCGUAAUAUGCAGACUACUCGGGAACACUGAUUUCUGCAUUUCCCUUAAUUAAGCAUGGUUUUCAUAUGUCGUGGAAAACCCAGGCGAUCGGGUAUUUGGUGUCUCCGUACUUUCCAGAUUUCAGCGAUGUUUCAGGCAAAUGCCAGGGUCUGUCCCAGACACCAUUUUGAUGAAGGAGGGAAUGACUGCAGUAGGCAUUUGGAUGAUUGGGACCGAGCAAAACCGACUGUCCAUCGCUCCACGAUAUCCCCGACGUCCCUGACAGUGCAAAUUUGAGUUUUCAUAUUUCGGUUUACAUAACUAUGAUCGUCGAAAUUCGAAAAAAUCUAAAAGAGAGAAAGAAAUGCGCCCGAUUCUCUUGAUUUGGCUAUAAUCAUCUCAUAUCCAACAAACGCGAGUGGAAUAAUUGUUUUAUUAAAAACGCCUACAAAAUCUCGUUGAAUCUCCCCGACUAGAACAAACCGGAAAAGACAAGGGACUUCCGCUAUUCACAUGUCACACGUCUAUCAAAACUGUCAACGCGCGAACGGACUCGCCUGAACUGCAUGAAUGAAAACUCAAAACAUUGUAGCGAUGAACAUUAGUUUUUUAAAAACUCAUCGGGAUUCUAGGAUUUUAUACAGUAGAACAGCUUUAAAAACCUGGCAGAUAAUGUGAAGGAAAAUAAUUUUUAAGUGACAGCCGUCGAAAUUACUGUGAAUUUGGAUUUUCGGUGCAGUUAUAAAAGUAAGAACAACGGAGAAAAACUAUUACCUCUUUCCCUUGUUAUGAAGUUGUUUGAAGCCACAAGCUGGUUUUGCUGAACGAUAAAAGAAGCUAUACUGCCGCCUCGAUUGCUCUAGUGAAUGGCUGCAUAGCCUGUAUUUGCAGCUGGUUACUUGUGAUUUAUAUUCUUGAUGUCGGAUAAACAAGCUGCAGUUAUCUAUCGGCAAGUGACUCCAUCGGCGAAUGGCUUCGCGAUCAUGAAGAAACAACACUUGUCUUCUUUCGUAGCUGGUCAAGGUACUUUAGUUCCAUGUGUUUUCAUGUGUUUUUCGACAAACCUUCAAACAAGCUCUUCUGGCUUUUUUGUUUGUUUUUGAUUUCGAUGAAAUUGUAUUUCUAGUAUUCUAAGAAAUGAAUUAAAACAAUUUGCUUCGGGCGCCGUUGUAUCCUUCGCGAAAAAAAAUCUCAGCUGGCUUCCAAUUUUAAAUUGACGCGUACACCGACCAGAUAUGGAGAGCAUGGUAUAAUAGCUCAUAUACCACAACGGCUAAGCCAAUCAAAAUGCUAGAAUUGCAUUAUCCAAUGAUUCAGUUUUUAAUAAUGUAUAUUAUGUCUUCUUUUCAUACUUUAGACCUGGAGCAGACGGCAGAUAACAGCCCUCGAUGCUCAUUUCAAGAAGCACAUCCAAGCUCCGGUCACACUUAUGAUCGAAUCAAUGAUAAAUUUCUUAAAACUCGUGGAAUAUCAGGCAGUCGUAACGUGUGUGAGAUUUUUGUGGGAAAACUCGACAAAGCUUUAAAUUUCCGCCAAAGCGAGUACAUAUCAGAAGCACGGAAUGAAGUGCGCGAGCUUUUUGACCUCAUUAAAAGAGAAGACGCUAGAGAUUUUAGGAAACCAACUCGAUAUUGCUUGGAAGUAGUAAGCCGUGGGAACGACCUAUUUUUCGAUAACAGCGUAAGUUUUUCUCUGAAACACGGGCUUUUAGUACUUGAUUCAAGUAAUGGUGGCGCGCUGUUUUACGCCAGCUUGCUUAAUGUUUUGGGAGUGCUUGCUUUGGAGAUUUCAGAAUUCCAUAUUGCUAAGAAAAUAUUCUCCAUCUUGGUUGCCUUUCAUAGUACAUCAGACGCAGCUAGCCGGUUGAGGGACUUGGCAGCAGCUUUUAAUAACAGAGGCUGUCUCUCACUUAUAGUAGGAGAGUUUAACCACGCGAAAAGUGAUUUUGACAACUCAGUUAGGCAUCUGAAUUAUGAAAAGCAUAAGCGACAAUGUUUCUCAUGGACCGAAUCCCUGAUUAUUGGAGUACAUAAUAAUGUUUGCUGUUUAAAUUUCAUGUCUCGGAAUUUCACCAAGUGUAUCGAAAAGCAGAACGAGCUUUUAAAUCUCUGCAAAAGUAAGGCCCCAGAAUUACCUAUGCAAACAGUGUUUAUGGUUUUGCAUAACCAGGCAAAGACAAACAUCGCCCUUGGCAGUAUGGCUAGAGCAGAAAUCGAGUUGAAGUGGUUGAAUUCUUACUGUAAGGCUUUGCCAAAAAGAGAACGUCACGAUCUUCUAUUGGACUUCGUUUCCUUACAACUUUGCGAAGUAUUACUUCUCAGUGGAAAACCGGCAGAGGCAAAUAAUGUAUACCCUUUUGAACGUCUAACAUCGGAAUGUGUACUGGAAUUGAUGCCCCGCUUCGGAGGAAUUUACUUUGAUCUAAUGAUCGAGACAUUUGAAAAGAGAAUUGACGUCCUUGUUGAAUUUGGAAAACGGAAGAAUGCUCUUGAAUGUUUGCAAAGGCAGAUCAUUCUUGUCAAGGAACAUUUUGGGGUUAGGCAUUUCUUUGUGAGCUCCUUGUUAUACAAGGAGGGGUGUACUUUAAAGCUAGAAGGGAGGUUAUCCGAUGCAUGGGAAAAGUUCAAAUGUUCAUCAGAAAUUCUAAGAGAUAUUUUUGGCGAGAAGCAUCCCCUUCUUAUCAAGUGCUACAUGUCUCUCGGUGGCGUUUCGUUGCGAUUGGGACGUGAGAGUGAAUCCCAUCUUUCUUUCUACCGAGCUAUGGAGAACGUGGAAGUUAUUCACCAAGUUUCAUUUCCGAACCAAUUGUCGAUCAGGUAUAUUGAAAUGACAAGUAACCCUAAACGAAAACCCUUUGGCAUGUAUCAAAAUAGAGAUGUAGAAGAGCAAAUGAUUGACGGACUGGUUGCGGAGCAUGGGUUGGCAUUGGCAGUGCUUUUGUCGCCGCUGAAUCCCCCCAAAAAGCAGAUUUUUCCAGAGACGACAAAGAAGGGAGCGAAGCAGCUGCCGGGAAAAAUUGCAGAAGCUACACAGUCAGAAAUCUUUUUGAUUGUUUCUCAAAAAACUGCCCGUGAUCUCUUGCUGAGUGGCCAAACCUUCCUUCGUCUGGGAAUGAAAAAUGAAGCCGGUGCCUUUUUCCAACUAGCUGGCGAACUUUGCCAGACAAAUCAUCUAGUACAAGGCCAAUCCUUGCCACCCCUGGUAAGCCUAUUUAACUUCAUCAGUCAGACAAACUUCGCCGAUCAAAACAAGGUGAAAGAGAACUCUGACGUGAUAAGAUUUCUUGAAGAACUAAAGGAAGACGCAGUAAACAGUGCUAACGAGAAUGAUGCCGAGAGUAAAACAGAAGCCAAGGAGAAGUUGAAUUUUGACAGCCAAAUGGAUUUGAAACUGGUUCUUAUAUUGCUGAUCCUCUUCUCUGUACAACUGCAGUUGCACGAUGCCAUUUUUGCUGCGUAUGACCUUUACGCAUCUCUUUUUCCAAACGAUGGUUGGUUCUUCCUGAGUGCUAACGAUGAGCUGCAGGUUUACUCAUCGAAGACGUCAGUAACCUGUAACGGAAAAACUGCGGUGCAACAUGUUCUGUUUUCCACUACAAUUGGUGACAGCGGAAGUGAAUUGGAGAGCUCCAUUCCUAGAAAUUCUGUGUUUCGAAACAUGGUCUAUAGGAAAGGUAUGCCGACUUACAGCUUAUUGGCCAUUCAAAGCUCAGAUGCCAUUCCAGACGUCGAUGGCAUAAAGCAAGUAGAGGAGGCGACAUUGCGUUCCUUCCAAGAGUACCUGGAAAUCAAAUGCCUUGACGAGGAAGGCGAAGCUACUCAGUUUAUUGUUGAUCUUUCAGUGAUUUCAGAGAAAGAAUCGUUUCUGACAGAGCGUCGUGUUGAGCUCCUGCCUAUCUGCUUGUCUGAAGAAAAAGAAAAAGCUGAAAUACCUAACGAAAGGAGCAACGUGCAUUCCAUCGUCCCAUUUCUGUGCGAGAAGACAGCUUGGCUUACAUUUGCGGAUGAACCGACCAGUUGUUUCAUGUUCGGUAAAAUUGCUUUAUGGCUUCUGCAGGAAUGUAAAUGGGAAAAGAUGUCCUCAUUGAGAGUGCAAAACCAGUGUCUUGUCCUAACAGUGGUCCGUCCAGUUAAAGCCAAAAUAACAAUCUGGUAUGGAAAUAAUUUCAUCAAACAAAGGGUUCAGAUCAUAUUCACCAAUGACGAGGAACAGCUGUUAGGUGGAACUGGACCGAAAGGUUCAUUGUGCAACUCAGAAGUGCAUAACAGGGUGAUUGAGGAAUUUUUCGCACCAGUCAUCAUUCAUCACUGGACCAGCACCAGUAAUGGAGUACGCGUGGGGACCGCCAUUACUCGAGAAUGCUCCUGGGCUGCUGCGCCUACAGCUGUCCUCCUUCAAUCCAAUGAACCAGCAUCUUUUCAAAGAUCCUUUGCAGAAGUAAGUAAACGGAUCUCGAUUUCAUUGCCACGUUGUUGUUGAGUUUCAUAUAAAAGUAAUAUAUUUUCCAUAAAAUUAAAUAAUGUGCGACCUAAGUUACGAUUUUGUACAGUACUUACAAUGAAAUUUUUAGCGCUCCUAUGAAAAAUAAAAUGUUGAACUUGAUCAUUUCAACAUUUAGUUCAUCUGAUUCAAUAUUCCGUUCUGCAGUUAAAUAAUUAAAAAUUCAAAACACUAUUUGAUUUAAGUAUUGAUUUCUGAUUGGAUUGAUAAGGCAUCGAUUUUCCAAGUGACAAAGAGAAGUUAAUCUGCUUGAUGGGAAAAGAAAUCAGUUGAAAAGAAUUUGUGAACGAGGAAAAUGCAAGCAUUUCUUGUACUAGUAUGUUAGAUUGUUCGUUUCAUCCAAAACGAGCGGAGAUGGAAGGUGCCCUUGCGUUCUCUGAGUUGUUAUGACUUGAAUUUUCCUUUUUUAUAACCUUAACUGGAAACACUUUGGUGACGUAAAGGAUAGUUCUUAUUAGAGGCCUAACAGAACAAGAAUGGCGCAGUGGUGGGAAUACUCGCCUCCUACCAAUGUAGCCCGAGUUCAAAUCUCGGCAUCGAAGCCAUAUGUGGGUUGAGGGUACUCUCUGGUUUUCCUCUCUGCUCAAAAACCCUGACUUCUAAUUUCCAAUUCUAUCUGGAACGUACAGAUAGUCUAAACGAGUUCUUAAGAACUCCGAAGGGCUUCGUGGGUAAACACAUGGGGGUGUGGAUGACUUUCCCCAAAUUUUUCGACCUGCCUUAUAAUUCAGUGUUAUCUGAUGGAUUGUCGUGAAAGCAGGUCAGAAAAGCGGUUAAGCGAUCUACGAAACCCCACUAAGACAUAAACUUAAAUGAAGUGAUGUGCAACACAGUACGCAAUGGGGAAAUUAACUGUUACCUUAUGCAUGUAAUUAUACAACGUAGUUUGAUUCUUAUAAGAGAAAAUGCGGUAACAGUUUCUCUAGAAAUAUCUACAAAUUAAUAUGAGCAAUGUUUGUCUGACCUGUAGGAAAGGAGUGCGAGAAAGUGCCUGAAUGCUGUUACCCUUGAGUGUUUAACAGCGGUUAGUGAAUUAACUUACCUUCUUCAUGGCGACCAACACCCUGAUGAUGCAGUACCAGACGUACAUCAUGAAGAUGCAUUACAAGGCGUCCAAAAAAAUCAGGUGGUUCCAAAGGUUACCGAAACUGAUCCCUCUUUCAGUUUCUUUGACUCAGCCGUAUCUUCCCUUAAAGUUGACAAAGACGUCACUCCCGAUUCCCGUGGCUCCGCCAGCAUUUCUAGUUAUUGCCACAAAACAGCCUCCAUUUCUGAAGGUAACACAGAAGAGAUAAACGACUUGUUACUUACACCUUCUGGGUCAGUGAAUGAGGAAGGAAGUAAUUCUGUGGCCGUCAGCGAUGAAGAUAGACUGUUAGGAAGCGAGCUGUUCGAAAAAGACAGGAAAUCUAGACACGUUUCCAUUGAUAAGCUACUUGAAGAAAUGAAGAAAAAGGAAAUACUUCCAAAUCCUUGCCACAAGGUAAAAGAAGAGUGUGUAAAAGAGGUGUCUUCUGUGGAAGAAUCACCUCAUCAGAAACUUCAGUGUGAACGUCUACGAUCAGGAUCUUUCGAUUGCUCUGAACACGAAGGAGAGGUAGAUGGAAAUAAAAAUUUCGAAGAUAAUGAGAGUUUUUCGGAAAGUUGUGGAAAGUCUCUGGCCUUUUACCAGAAACACGCUCCUGGUAUUUUGCAGACAAGUGAAGAAAGGAAAGAAAAGAGAGGCUGGGCAUUUUCCAGCGCUGCUGAACUCCAGAAUGACUCGGUUUGUCAGCCAGUGAUAGACGAAAAGGAAAAACAAAGUGCAACCACCAGUACGACUAUGGAAGUCGCCUUGCUGCGGAAAAAGAAAGGUGAUCAUUUUUGCGUAACGGAAGAAAACGAAGCAAAUAUCAAGGAUAUUUGUGGCCAACAAAGCGAUCAACAUGUGGUUCUUGAAGGCACCACCCAAGAAAGAGGCAUGGAUAUCAGAGACCCCCAAAUUGGCCGGGUUGGAAGAAAUCAUACCGAACACAACAAAGAAGUAAUGCAACUAGACAAGGAAAAUGACCUCCAUAUCGGAAUGUUCAAAAGCCAUGACUCCCAGAAUCAAAAGAAAACGAGCUUGCUUGGCAGUGAGACCAAUUCCGAAUCUUCCAAAAUCUCAGAGAUUGGUGAGUGUUUUGUAGAGAGAGCAGAGGACGCGGUUCAGAACACCGCACGAGAUUUUGAGAGUUUCAAUUUAGGACUCACUAGUUCUAAGAGAAAACGAAGCCAUGGUAACGUUGACGUGCCAGGUCAAAUUGGUACAAAACUACAGCUGGAUCAACGAGACCAUCUAAGCGGUGUUAGUGCAAUUCACAGAAAAGACCACAUGAAGAGGACACCUCGAUCUCCAUUUUUUGGAGGCGAUGUCGUCGCAGAUGGUUUUACCUCAGACUUCUUGCCAGAUUCUACUACUGUUGCUGCUCGACCCACCCUACAACUUUCAGAAGUCCAACAAAGAGAUACUAUGGGAGCCAAUACUCGUUCUCGGUUUCUGGGUGACAAUGGUGUGGCAGACGCCUACGGCAAUUUAACAGCUGCCUCGCCACAAACAUUUCAAGAUAUUGUCGACGGUCCCGCCAUUACGACCGAAAAUCCUCAUUCAGGCGAUCCCACGAUUGAAGAAAGGGGUACUGGAAACGUUUGUUGUGGUGAAAUCCGCGGGAAUGAUGUUAAAGAAGUAAAUAAGCCCCCAAGGAUUUACAAUAAUUGUGUUGAUCAAGUGACUUCGGACAGACGAGAGUUAGUUGAUACUUCCGCAAAUCCUCCUGCAGACAGAGACGACACUGAUUAUCAUUUACCAGAUUUUGGAGGAGCAAGACCUAAACAAGGAUUGCCUAAACCACUAAGAUCUUCCAGUGUCAUUUCCAGGCCCGUGCAGUUACGUUCCAGCCAACAGUCUGAGGAAAUUAUUCUCGGCCUAAAUCCCAACUUUGUGGCGCGCCAUGCUGUUACUGACGAUAACCUCCACUACCCUGAUUUUGAUCGAGCAGAAUGGAAAGACCCUUUAUAUCAAUAUAGUGAGGAGCAUCUCUAUUUAGCCAACGUCUCUAGUAAUUUAAGCAGUAAAAAGAGUUUUAACUUGUAUGGGCAAGAAGUAUUACAAAAUAGUCAUAACUCAUCCAGCAUAAGUCGACACUCACCUAAGUCAGACGCUUUUGACAGUGGCGCUACCAUGCAAAGAAGUGUUCAUUCUUUGGCUAGAAGUCCGUCACUUCUCCCCAAGGAGGAUAAAAGCUGGCAUUUUCCACCCUUACAAGGAACUACAGAAAACCAUAUCCAACAACGUAAAUACCGAGAAAACUACGGUCCUGGUCACUUGCAAUUGACGCAAGAUCAUGGACCAAUGUUUCAGAGUCCAAAUCCAGAUGCAAGCAAUGGCAUGGUCGUAGCCUCGACCAAUUUCAAUAACAAUACCGACAGUUAUGAAGAUUCUUCCAUACAUUCGACUUACACCAGCGAAGCAGAUUCGGUUACUGUGCACGAAGACCAGCAGGAUUUAAUUGAAGACAACAUAGAAACCCGUCUAGAGGAUCUAGAAAAGGUCAUGUCGAGAACUGUAGGCCUCUUCGCCUCUAUUGUGGCCACCGAAACGCAGGUGGAAAUUAAAGAGCAAAAUACAGAAAAGGUAGGUAUACAAGAACAAGCGAUGAGCGGAGUAGACAAUGGCCAAACCGAAAUUGCUGGGGGAGUAUAUUCUGGAGAACAAACAGCCCUUAUUCCGAGAAAUGAACAAACCACAGACACUAAGAGGGAAGACGGCAUCUCUCCCAUUCAAGAAAGCCCGCGUCCCGCAUGCGGUCAUUAUCAGCGGCGAUGUCUUGUCCGUUUUCCAUGCUGCGGGCGUUUUUACCCCUGUCACAGGUGUCACAAUGAGUCGGCCGCAUGCACUGAUGACCAAGCAAGAGCCAUAAACGCUACACAUAUCAGAUGCAUUAUCUGUUACCACGAACAAGUGGUAAGAUGAUGAUACAUCCAUCUAUUUGCUAAUGCUUUGUAGUUUCUACAUUAAAAUUGUUGAUACCACGCUAGCAGGCGUCCGGCGUCGUCAUGUUUUAAGUGUACUUGCUUAAUUAGGGCGCACUAUUCAAUUCCGACCCCAGGCAUUUGCAGUUGGUUGAAUUUUUUGAGCAAGCCAGAUCAUGAACCACAACAGGAAUCCCUUGGAGAAUGUUUGAUAUCCCUAGAACAUGCAUUUCCGUUGAGUCUCUAUUUUUUUAAAAUAUAUUUUGCAAGGCAGAAAACUUCCAACAAGAUAUCUGAAAGAUGGAUCUUAACGUUAAGCUUAACUUCUGUUUUUGUUUAUCUUUCUUUGUUUUGUUUUAUUUUUUAAGUUUGAUUACAUAUUCUCUAUAAUAAAGUAUGUAAUGCAAUUUAUGACACUAACAAAUGUUUUUAUAUUUUCAAACCAUAGAUUGACGAGGGAAGCCAAAAGUGUCGCGGCUGUAAUUCGAAAAUUUCAGAUUAUUUCUGCGCCAUCUGUAAACAUUUUACUUCGCUCGACAAGAAUCCAUUCCAUUGUGACAAGUGUGGAAUCUGUAGGUAGGAGGUAUAUUCUUAACUUUAGGUCUAAGGAGAUGUACUUACAUUUUUUGUUUCCUUGAAGUAGGCGCAUAGCAUUUAAUAAUAAUAAUAAUAAUAAUAAUAAUAAUAAUAAUUUAUUCAUUGAUAGUGUGCUUUUUAACAUGCUAGGUGAUCAAAAGCCCAUUACAACAAUAAAUAACCUCAAAACUAUACAAAUAUUAGAAAUAUACAAAUAUAUUUAAUAUCUAAGAGAUAUUGAAAGCUAAUUUAAAAAGAUAAGUUUUAAGAUUAGACCUAAAAGUAGUACGCUUGAUGUUGCGAAGGCUAACAGGAGCAGCGUUCCAUGAAGUGGGCGCAGCCACACUGAAGGAUCUGUCACCAAAUGACUUUUUUAUUUUCCCUGACGGAUGCUUUAAUAAACCACCUUCAUUAGAGCGCAGCAAAUACCGCGUAUUAAUCUUAGUAUGAAUUAAAUCAAUGAUGUAACUAGUUGCCAUGCCAUAGAGGGCUUUGAUAGUAAGUAAUAAAAUUUUAAAAUUAAUUCUAUAUCUUAGUGGUAACCAGUAUAAAUUUAUCAAAAUGGGCGUAGUAUGGUCAUACUUUGUACAUGACACAAGCAGCCUAGCUGCAGCGUUCUGUACUCUUUGCAACUUAGCUAUUUCACAGUCCGGUAAUCCAUAGAUUACAAUAAUCAAUUCUACUUGUAACGAAGGCAUGCAACACCAUUUUUAAUUUAUCCCUAGGCAGAAAUUGGGUUAUUCUCUUGAUAUUAUGUAACCGGAAAAAUGCCGCAUUACAAGACAUAGAAAUAUGGGUCGACAUAGAAAAAUGCGAGUCGAACCAGGCGCCGAGGUUACGCGCUACUUUAACAGGCUUAAUAUCAAUAGUGCCCACACGGACAGAACAGUGAUGAAUUUUCAGCAACUGUGGUCUCCAUCCGAUAACAAGAAAUUCAGUCUUAUCAUCGUUGACCUUUAGUUUGUCCCGGUUCAUCCAUUUACGUAAAUCACUGAUGCAUCGCUCCAUGGCUUCCAAUGCCAUCACUUGAUCCGUAGGACUGUUAGGAUCGGAAGACAAGUAAAGUUGCGUGUCGUCAGCGAAGCAGUGCGCAUUCGGCAGGUGGUCUUGUACUAUCUCAAAGAGCUUGGAAGCGUAAACCACAGACAGAAGCUCAAUAUCACAAUAUCAACCUGAUAACUGUACGGAUCUGAGCGGCCCAGCAUUGAGCAGUGCACAACGCUUCAACGCUGAGUACGUCCACAUUCACUGCAAAAGCUACCCUUUGUUUUCUUUUCCAGAUAAGAGUGGAGAGAGAAUACCUUAUCGCCGAAACAAGGGCCAUAUGUUGCACUCUGAUCUUUCUCUUUUCAAGUCAAUCAUGCUCUCCCAAAAAGUAAAGGAAAUUAGCAGACUUUCAAGGCUGUAUGUGUUUUACAAUCACAAGACAAUUUAACGCUUCCAAACAGUGCUCCAUACUUUGUCCAGAAUCAUACCACUUGAGUGAUUACUUACUGAGAAACCCUUCUGCCCUUACCAACGCCACCUCUAGUCCUGAUUAUUUCAGCCUCUUUUUUUUUUGUUUACAACCUCUUUUGAACCACUGAGAUGUAAACUGCUUACCUCGCCGGUAGCUCCAGGCUAACUGAAGAAAAUGCUUGUUCUGUCCUCACUCUAUGUAGUGCCUUCUACAUGAAACAAAAAAAAAAGAAACAAACAAACAAAUCAGAAUUUCUUCUCACUUUUGCAGCUCUUCAAUGCUAUUAUUAUUAUUAUUAUUAUUAUUAUUACUGCUUUUAUUCUAGUCAGUUAUUUCUGAUGUCUUUUACGUUUUUGCACUUGCUGAAAUGUUUUUUCGUUCUUUGUUUUUUCUUCUUAGAAUUCACCGUGAUAAGUCUUUUCAUUGCGAUGUAUGCAACGUUUGUCUGGAUAAAAGACUUCAAGGGAAACACAAGUGCCGACCAGACUCUGGGCAUGAUGAAUGCUGCAUUUGCCUGGAGGUAAAAUAUGUUUUAGUAUUAGGAAAAGGUUCUAGGAGAACAUAUUUCAUAUUGCGAUAUCAAAUCUGAUAUCAAAUAGCUGUGUUGUGCAUUGUCUAGUUUGCUAGCUAAUGAAGGAAAUCUGUUAUAUGUAGUCCGUUGUAUGUAGUUACUCGGGUAGCUACAUGCAUAAUUAGUUCCAGUCAACUGUUUCCCUGCAUGAGGGACUACUGUAGUAUCUGGUAUUCACGUAAGAAUAUAAAGUGGAUGAGGUAAAACAGGGAUCCGUAAAGGGAGAAAGGAAUGGAGAGGAAUUUUACUUAAUUAUUAAUUAAAUGCAUCUCAUUCGAUCCUUAAUCCGCAUGUAAGUGAAGAAUGACGACUUUUUGUUUAAACGUUCAAGGUACAGACAAGAAAUUUAGUCCUAGCAACAAGGUGAUGACAACGCGGAGCUGCGCCAACGUGUAAUGCAACUUUUGUAAGGAAGUAUAAAUUAAGGAUGCGGGCAAAACAGAGAAAUAAGAAAGUGACAAAGACAGAUGUUGAUGGAGCUUUACAGCAAUAGCACGUAACAAUGCGUGAGAGGCUCAUACGCACUGGCAAAGAUGAUCGCUACGAUGACAAAUGGGGAAGAUUUAUACUGAAUGUCGACCAGAGCCCUCUUCCCUUUGCCGUUUGCAUCAAGACCACCUACGAGCUCUCAGAAGAAGACCAGCACCAGAUUGGAUUAAUGAGCCUGGUAGUGGGCUUGUAAAACACCAGUGCGCACUUCAGGUGUGCUUCAGACCAAUUAAAUGGUGAUAAGCGUAGACUUGGUAUCAUUUUUCGGGGAACAAACAAACGAAUCAGCAAUGAUAAAAAGGCAGCUACCACCCUGAUUUUAGUGUUUUCUUUCAAACAAAAUGCAUGGGCGGACACCACUACCUUUGUGGAAUGGGUUGAGAGAACCCUUUCUAAAUCUGUGGCCGAUUAUGAUCGCUUUGGUUUGUUUUGUAAUAAUUUGAAGAAGCAGUAUCGUAACUUAGGGGUGUUGUUUGGUACGGAUUACCCGCAACAACGGAUCUAUAGCAGCCAGUUGAUGUUAGUUAUGCACAACUCCUUAAGUCCUUGAUUGGGCAAGCUCAAGGACGGUGGCUGGAUGAUGAAGACAAUGCAACGAAGUGGUACUGCCACGAUAAGAGUUUUACGUCCAUGCAGCGAAGAAUAUUGAUAACCCACUGGGCUGGAGAUGCCUAGAACAAGCCAGUAACACCUGCUUAUGAUCACCUGCACCUCAAAGUGUGGCAGAAGACAGGUUGCCUGAUUUGAGGACGAAUUGGUCGAACCAGAGGGCCUACUGAGCUACAUUUUCCACCACCUUCCCUACUACAGCCUUUAUUAUCUGAUCCACCCUAAUGAGGACAACACUUCCAUCAGCUGUAGAACUGACAGCGAUGCUGACAAUGAGAAUUAAAAUGAGGAGAGUGAGCCUGAUCCAGCAGAGGACAGGAUGGCGGACAGGGACUAUGACAAUCCACCAGUGGAAAGAAAGGAGACUGCGUUUAAUGAGAAUGGUUGGUUUACUGGCAUUAUCCACUACUUGAACAAAGUUCUAAAGGAUUUCAAACAUCUGAUUUUCUCACCGUCCAAGAGUUUGAUGACGUAGAAGAUAUAUUUUGAAACUCGAGCGUUAGACACUUUCUUACACGAUGUAGAUAUUGGGUCCAUUGUAUAAGGCAUAUUUCACAGCUUUGCUUUUUUACGUUACUGUUAUUGCGUUUCUAGUGACAAUUUUCUAACGACAAUGGUUUUAGUUUUCUCAUAAAUGAAUUGUACAAUUACAAUGUAAAUGUAUUAUUGAUCAUACACAACAGGAAUGUGUUGAGAGAACUAAAUUUUACACUCUGAUUCCAUGUAGGACAUUACGGUAAUUCAGAUUUUCUGGAUUUAGGACAGUAAAAGUUUUGAAAAAUAAAUUUUUCUUCUCUGAGAAUCGAAUUUGUUCUUGGCAUGAUCUUAUAAAAAAUUUUCUUUUAAGAAAGAGAUUGUACACCAAUAUACUAGAUGUAUAUGUUCCAAAAUUUUAAGGUAAUUCGCUGAUUUUGCACUGCGCAUCUUUUACGUCGCAUAGCAAGAUGAACACCGAAAACAAGAGCGUCUGAAGUAACAUUACUUGUUGGAAUUUUCGCUUGCGGUUGUUCUUGCCGAGAUGAGACUCAAUGUGUUGGGAAUGUGCAGAACGUCAACAGCGCGCGUGUUGCUGAGUUCGACUUCCUCACGGAGAACCUCGAUAGUGGAUGUUAAACUUGUGCUAACUCACACCGGUUUUCAUUUCAGCGCCAUCUUUGUCACAUUGCGUGGCAACUGUGAUAUCUCGAUGUCAAUUCUGUAAAAACGGAUUUUUUAAUGCUUUCUUCCCCCUUCCACAUACAUACCAUUUUUAAACUCGCCCCAGUCCUCUGUCAAAAAUCUGAGGAAAUUCAUUUUGUGAGCACUUUCUGUAGCUCUACGGCAAAAACGAGUGCGGUGACCCCCAUUUUUUUCUCAUGAUUUUAGUACGAACAUUGCUUCCUUUAAAUGAGAAAAAAAUUGGCAUAAGUCUAUGUUCAGUUUUUUAGCAAUUUUACUAAAUUGUACGGAUUGAACUAUAACGGGUCGAAUAGUGCGUGUCCAAAUUAAGUCUACUUUGGAGCACAAAGUUAAAACAACGGCAUUGAAGGGCAUUUUUCUGGUACGUGCGUCGAUAAGCAACACAUUUAAGUCAAAUUCUGUGCGAUACCACAUGCAUCAUCGAAAAAAUCUCUCCUUUUUGUCUAGUUUUGAUGUAGCCGUAUUUGUCAGCAUUGUGACGUGAAAACAAGCACAGUGACCCCUACUUUUUAUUACUUUUUAUCAUCUUCCUGACUUGUUACAUCAGUGUACCAAGUUUCAUCUACAAUCUAUGUUAGGUUCUUUUACUAAGGCAUCACCUUAAGUCGUUAAUCGAAAGUUGAAUUUCGUUACUUGCAAGGGUUUUAAAUAAUGCAAGUCUACUCCUACUCCAAAUCCAAAUCACCUUACAAACACUUCUCCCAAUUAACAAGUAAAAGAAUAAGAGUAUACCUUGACAGGAAAUGCGUUUCCAUCACCCCUAUGUUUUCCAUAAACCGUAUAUCAUGUCGUUAGACAAUGACCAAUUUCUUUCUAAUUUUAGGAUGCUUUCAGUGGCUGUCAAAUUCUUCCUUGCUCCCAUAAAGUACACAAGGAUUGUGCUAUAGCCAUGAUACAAAACGGAAUGUAA